AGCUUUCAUUCCCCGCUGCACGCGCUUACGGAGAGACGCGCGCGCACACACACAAACAGCAGUCGCGCGAACACUGAGCGCGCCAGGGAUAUCGCGUAUCGGAACCGGGACAAAGAAACGGAAAAUUGUCCGCAAUCGUACCCGCUAGAGUAAAGAGAGAGCGGGGAACUCGUGUUGCGGUUUAGAUGGUCAAUGUUCCUUAAAUGUGCGUGUGAGGACCGGCCCGUGCACACACGAGCAAACACACUGCUGCCGUUCUCGCGGCGUGGCUCUCGAUCGCUCGUUGUCUUGCCCGAGCCCAACAUGGCGCUGCGAGGCGUCAUAUAACAGACUGAGUUCAGUUCAAUCCGAGCCCCGGGGAUCUUUCGCCACCUGUGCAUUCACGCGAUUCGUGUCGAAGCCAUCCUGCUCACCCGAAUCAAAGGAAUUACGUUCUGCGUCUGCAUGGAUGUAUAUGGAUCUCCCAGACUUGUUCACAGUUUUUCGCGGAGUGGAUAUUCGUAUUCGGCAAGUCCGGAGAUACUUUGAACUUCUGACGGACUUCAUAUGAAACAAAGAAAACACCAGCGUUACCAGAUUGACCUGAGUUAUAGGUUACAGAGUAAUGCGGCUUUCAACAGGAGCAUCUGCUCGUCUUUGUUUUAACGGGAAUUUUUGAACGUCUGAAAAACUAAAAGAGUGAAAACUUGCAUUUCAAGAGGAGCUCAAGUACGUUUCGUGCAACUCAAUGAACAGCAAGAAUCACUACAUUAAGAAAAUUGUCCUUAUGGGAUGGUGAAGACCAGCAAAUCUGUUGAGAACUAGCUGAGAAAUAGAUUCCUCAUUCAAAGCAUGGUGGAUGCGAGUACAACCUGCAGAAUGAACCCUCUCAGUGCGCUCGGCAUCGAUCGGACCAGCCUGAUGCGAGAGAGUCUUCGCGUUCAUGGAGGGAUGGUUUAUCCACCAGGAAUCCAGACCCUGCCAUCAGAAAAGGGCUAUGUUGGUGACAGGAUCCCCAACUUGCUCUACAAACCAGAUGUGUCACUUGACAGCAGAAAGACCGCAAACAGUUACGUUGGACUUUACAAAAGCUCCCCACCUGGGAUUCAGAAACCACUGAUUGUACCUGGGGCUGGUGCAGACACUUUAGGAUUAGACAGACGGGUCAUACCAGGAGAUAAGCCCCCAGAACUAAGCCUCAAUGGUGGUAGCAGUUAUCUGCGGGUUCCAAGUUGGAUGAGUCCCUACCACGAAACUGGAAUGUACCCUUUCUUGGACUCCAGUAAAUACGCUGCUUUGAACAUGUAUAAAGCAUCAAUUCUGUCACAGCCACCACCUUACCUUCCCCAGCAUCUGGCCUACCAGUCUCUAUGUGCAGGAGCUGGAGGCAGUGUAGCUGGUACAGAGCGCUUGUUUUACAUGCCUACCUAUCCCCCCGCACCUAUAUCUUCACCUCUUGCCCCUCCGCUCAGGAUCCCCCCUGCAACUGUAGCCCCUACUGCAUUGUCACCUAUGAUGCACCACCAAGACAAAACGGUGCAGAGUAUUGGUCCAAGGAUACACCAUGAGCCCUCAGCAUUUGGGCAGCAGACCAUACAUCAGCAGGCUCAGCCUCACCACCAGUCACCCAUUGAUAGACAGCACAGCAGCAGUGGAAAUAGUUCAAGCAACAGCAAGUCCAUCCGGACCUCAUCCAGCAAAAACACAAGUAGCACUAGCAGUAUUGUUAGUAGCAGCGCUGGUGUUAGCAGCUGCACCAGCUCCAUAGUCUCAGUAGACUCAUGUCCUUCCCUUGUAAUGCAGCCACCACGCCCUACACCACGCCCCCCUCAGCCACCUGCAGCACCUCCACCCCCUCUUAUGGAUAGCACUAUGGAGUUCCAGAAGCCUCUGUACAGAAGUCCUUCCUCAUCCUCAUCAUCUUCACCAUCAGUAUCUCACCCUGUCUAUAUUAGCGGUGCGUCCCAAGAGCUGCGCUCUCCAAUUCGGUCCUCUGGCCAAAAGCCUAAAGCCAAAGAAGCAACCAUGGAGUCUACCAGAGGUACAGGGAAUGAAAGAAAGGGCAGCAGCUCACCUGUUAAGACCUCUUCUGAUAAACCACCUCAACAGGGGCCUAUUACCAAAGAUCCAGCAGACAAACCUUUAGACCUGUCUGCCAAAAUCAUGGAAUUUGAAGGGCAUACUAACGGGUACCCCUCAAAAUUAGAAGCCUUAGCCAAGCUUGGAUAUUCUCCUGCUGCACGUUAUGGACUUCCCCCAAACAGGGAGCUUUUAAAAGAAACUCUUUCUCCAUCAUCCUCCUCUGUUAGCACUUCUUCUAAAACUCCAGAAAGGCCUGAAAUAAUUAGCACUUUACCCUCUUCCUGGGUUGUGCCAAGUCCUACCCAGACAAUCAGCUCUGAGGCUAGUCAAAACAAAGGCUCCAGUAUCAUCAAGAACAAGAAUCUUGAAAAUGUGGUGCCACAGUCAAGAAGUUCCUCUUGUCCCAGGAUGGAUGACCAAAACAAUGGCUCAGUCUCAAGUUCUGCCCCUAUUAUCAUUACUUCAGCUUCUCGGCCAUCAUCUGUCUCACCUUCUCCCAAAAUGAAUAGUGAUUGGGCAAAGUCAGUUCCCACCCCACCCGAAAAGACCCCAUUAAAUAACCACAGUGGCAGCCACUCAGCAACUUCAAAACCUUCAAAGACAGUCAAAAAACCUGAAACCCCUGAUAUUGGCUUUAAGCCCCAGCAAUCACAUUUAGAGAAUGGGCAUACACCAAGUCACCUCUACAUGCAACAGGGUGAAACUUAUCUUUCUCCCAGCUUAGCAUAUUCUAGCAGAUAUCUCUCAUACCCAGUACCUGAGAGCCUUUCCCUUUCUCACUUGCAGUUGUCAGGAAAAGGUCCAGUGUAUCCUCAUCCAGUUCUGCUGGGCACUAACAGCCUGUAUUCAACACGUUUGGCACCCAAGCCUGGCAUCCCUUUUGGAAUCCCACCCAAUCAUGCAGAAUAUCUUACCUACCAUGACACACAAGAGAUGGUCCAUCCACUAAUGUCUCCCCACCUGCCCCUUGACCACAAAGUAACUGAACGCCUGGAUCUGAGGCCCAGAACCCUGGACAAGACUUGGCACCAUGAUGAUGUUCCAUAUAAGCGUCAGAGCAUCACUGACAUAGACCCAGACUACAAAUCUGAGAAGGAAUCAGAGAGGCUGGAAGUUUUGGGCCCAAAGUCUCUGAGCAAGCCUCACACAGUGAAUAAAGAUGAGAUUGUCUGCAUCGACCUGGUCCAAGAUGACACAGAUGGCAGUCCAGAGCCAGACAAACAUAGUGCCAUCGAUGCCAAAUGCAAAGAGCCAGCUAAGCCAGUAGGCAGUGGGACAGGGAUGGGGAAAGAGAGUGGCAGUAAUUCUGAGGGGAAAGAGCCAGAGCUCAUGCAGAUCUUGCGCUCUGGCCAGCCUGCUGUAUCUUGGCCAACUGAUUCAGAACAACGGGCAGAGGUAUGCAGUCCACCUCGGCCACAUAAGCAGUCUGACUCUCCGUUGCACAGCCAGAGUGAUGAAAGCUCCCCUGAGCAUAGCCCACUACCUGACAUGUUGGAAGAGCAGACACUACGCUGUGCCAGAACCUCUGGUGAAAGGGCUCGAGCUGAUGGAGCUGAAUUCAGAGUUGAUCGACACCACACUAAUCGACAAUAUGUGGACCUGGGCAAGGAUGGACUAGAUGACACAGAGUCCCAUGAGGAUGAGGAGGAAGGACAUGGAUGUUCUAAAGGCAAGAGAUCCAGCUUGGCCAAGAGAAUAGCCAACUCCUCCGGCUAUGUUGGCGACCGCUUCAAGUGCGUCACCACAGAGCUGUAUGCAGACUCCAGCAAACUCAGCCGGGAACAGCGAGCCUUGCAGAUGGAAGGAUUAUCACAAGAGGACAGUAAUUUAAGUCAACCAGCUGCGUUUUGGGAGCGUGCGAUGAUGCGCUUCUCGGAGCUGGAGCUGAAGGAGAAGGAGGGGUGUGUGUCGUCUGCAGCGCCCGCACUGGGGAGAGAGCAGGAGAGAGAGAGGGAGCUGGCGGAAAGCCAGCACGGAGCAGGAGACUGGGAACGGAGCCAGCCAAGCUCCAGGCCCUCCGCAGCCCUUUCGGCCCUCUCCGAUUCUACUGAGCAGCGCAAUGGUACAACUCCAGCAUGUGCAAACAACAGAGUUCCCGUGCUCCAACGGUGCGGCCUGCCAGCUGAUGUCCCGCAGCCCCGCCGAACAGAGGAGAAGAGAGCGAGGGACGUGAAAGGAGAGGAGGAGGGGUCUGUUGGCACGGCGACGGGCAGGAAACGUGCAUUGGGUUUGGAACAGAGCCAAGGCCACCCUGAUUGCACACACACCACAGAAGAGAGAGAUGGAGAGAGACGGACGAAAGGAGAGGACGAUAAUGGCAUUGCGGCGAAGAGAGCAAGACUGAUUUCAGAUGUGUGGCCACAGCCCUCUGAGCAGGAGGUGAAGAAGCUGAAGGUGCGUAUCGAGUUGACAGGUCUUCGGCUCAGUAAACCCCGCCACCUCCAUAAUCUCCAGGAACUGUGGGAUAGACAGGGCCAGCUCAACCAUGACAGGCCACAAUUUGGAGCCACCAACUUGGGCUUGCCUCCCACAUCUAAAUCCUCCAUUCCACCUCUUCAAACCACCAGGAGGGAAAAGCUUGACCCUUGCCCUUCGGAGGUCCAGAGAGUCGCCCACGGAGUCCCUGCUGUGGAUCGAAAGGUCAAAGCAAAUGGAAUUGAAGAGAAGGGGUUGAAAAGGAAAGCAGAAGUCGAGAGAGGCUGGACUAAGGAACAGCUGGAAUAUGCAGAGUCCAACACAGCAAUCCCGGCCCUCUCCGACAGCUUCUGCAGUGACUCCAUUCGCAAGCUCUCCUCUGCCGUUCCCCUUCACCAUCUCUCCGACAAGCGACAGCGUCUCAAAGAGCACCGCAAGUCAGCGGGCUCCUCCUCGCCCUCGCCGGACCCCGACUGCACUUUCCCAGGACGCUUGCGCCGUCACGGGGACCCUGAAAAGCCAAAGGGCAAACGGCAGUGCAAGACCAAACACCUCAGCCAACAGGAGCGCAGGAUGCUGCUGCAGUCCACCAAUCAAGAGUGUCCUGAGCUAAGCCCCGCCCACCAGCACAAGGUGGUGAAAUUAUCUGCACAGAAGCGACCAGCACUUCUUUCCAAUUAUGAGUCUUCUCCUACCAAACCUCGUCCCCCUUCUCCUACCUACCAACCUGCAGCAUCGCCGACCCCUCCAUGCGCUGUUGCGGAUAUACCUGUACCUCCACUCACCCCCGCACCUCCAGUGUCAACAGAGCCACCGGUCAACAGGCCCAUGCCGCCCGAAGCUCGCAGACUCAUCGUCAAUAAAAAUGCAGGCGAGACUCUGCUGCAGAGAGCUGCACGGUUGGGAUAUGAGGAGGUGGUUUUGUACUGUCUGGAGAAUAAAGUGUGUGACGUGAAUCAUCGGGAUAAUGCGGGUUACUGCGCGCUCCAUGAGGCUUGUUCCCGCGGCUGGCUCUCCAUCGUACAGCACUUACUGGAGCAUGGGGCCGACAUCAACUGCAGUGCGCAGGACGGCACCAGGCCUCUCCAUGAUGCCGUGGAAAAUGAUCAUCUAGACGUGGUUCGAUUGUUGCUGUCGUAUGGUGCCGAUCCAACUUUAGCCACCUAUUCAGGCCGCGGCUUGUUAAAGAUGACCCACAGCGACAUAAUGGAGUGUUUUCUCUCCGAUUACUUUGCCGACCUGCAGGGCAGAGUGGACGAUGACCCCAGUGUGUACUGGGAGUUUUACGGCAGCGCAGUGUGCGAGCCUGCCGACGACUCGUCUGGUUACGAUAUCCUGUCCAACCCUCCCGGACCCGGUGAAGACGAGGAUGAGCAGAGAGACGUUUUCGAAUUCGAGUUCUCAGACCGACCUCUGCUGCCGUGCUACAACAUCCAGGUGUCUCUCUCACAGGGACCCAGAAAUUGGUUGCUGCUCUCAGAUGUCCUCAAGCGACUCAAGAUGUCUGCCAGAACGUUUCGUGCCACGUUCACGCACAUCGAGGUGGUGACGAUAGCGGAGGCUGAAUUCUACAAGCAGGCGUCUCUGAGUCAGCUGUUCUCCUGUCCGGAGGAGCUCGAGGGAUUCAUGCCUGACAGCAAGGAACUGUUGGAUCUGGUGGAAAUCAGCAGCGAGCUGGUGGCGCUGCUGGGGUCAUCGAUUGAAUGCUUGGACGACCGCUGGGAACCUGCUUCCAGACCUCGCUCCUGAACUAUUGCACACGCACUCAGACAGACCCAUCGAGACCAGUGGAGAACUAGAAGCAAAGGAAGAGGAUAUUCUGAGGCAGUUCUUGACAUUUCAAGGAACUUCUGGAUCGGUAGCCAAAGGCGAAAUUGGGUCCCAGUGCAGCUGGUAUUUCUGUUUGGCUACGAGGAGGUUUCGGAACAUCUCGACAUCCUUUGUGCUCUGCUCGCAUACUAAUUCUCCCAGUGACGAUGCAAACCUGUACAUAGUGUACAUUCUGCAGAUACGAAAAGAGAACGGACCGAAGAUAUUUGGACCACUAUCUCUGGCUAAUUCCGAGAUAUGAAGCCAUGCUCGCGAUGACGAACUCUUUCAUUUAAAAGAGAUGUUUUCUAAAUAGGUAUAUAAGUAUAUAUAUACAGUCACUGUAUUUUAUUUGUGUGUAUUAUAUAUAGAUAUAAAUAUAUAUAUAUAUAUAUAUAUAUAUAUAUAAAUAUAAAUAAAUAAAUAUAUAUAUAUAUAUGCGCUGCCUUUUUGUCUUGUUUAGUCAGGUCUUUAUUUUAUAAUUGGAGUUACGAUGUUGUAAAUAUGUAAUCAGGUUGGAUUUGGGUUUUAAUCGUGAUAUCAACAUUAGAGAAUUUACUGAGGCCGGAAGAACAGUUAAUUAGCGCACUUUGUCAGCGAUCUUUCCUCAAGUGGAGUAGAUGUUUUUAUGGUGUUGACCAGUAACCGGUGUGGGAUUUAUUUUGUUCUCCCGUGUUAAACUCUAAUCUACAAAGCUGUUUCGUACCCUGUACGCAAGCUGUUGCUUUGACUGAGUCACUUAUUUAUGAGUAGAAAUUAAGAUAUUUUAAUGUGGCUUUUCUUUGUAAAAUAUUAAAGUAAUUGUAAAAUACUAAUCUGAAGCUUUGUUAGGCAGAGACAUGCUUGAACUUGUAAAUAAUGGGUUGACUUUCAGUAACUUGUUUCUGACGUGUGUUAUUGAUUUUUGCAAAAGUGUUCGGACUUUGUAAUUACAUACGCUAUCAUUUGUAUUUAUAUUUUACCAAAAAAAGUUCCUUUAAAUAAAUGGCAAUAAAACAUUGUG